UCAGCGAGGUCGCCCAAAGCUCUCCAGUCCUCACAGGGGCGAGUCUGCAGCCUGCUCUGGAGAUGUUACAGGGCGAGGGCACAGGCUCCCCAGGCGCAGCACCCUUGGCCAGCUGUGAUCCCGCGCCUCCAGGCUGCGGGCUCCCCCCUCCUUCCCGCACACCUUCCUUCUCCCGGCCCCGGGGUCCAAGUCCGCUGCCCCCAAGGCCGGACAGGCCGAGGGCUUGGCGCGUCACCGCCGUCCGCUCCUGAUUGGCCAGCCGCCCGAGCAUUGGCGCCGCCAGUGGCGGCGACCGGAUAACGGGAUUCCGACUUGUGGGUCGCAGUGUAGACGCUACAGGGGCUGAGCCACAGGCUGGGAGCCUGACCAGGACGCGCGCACCAUGCCGUAUCUGCUCAUCAGCACUCAGAUCCGCACGGAGGUGGGCCCCACCAUGGUGGGAGACGAGUACUCGGAUCCAGAGCUAAUGCAGCAUCUGGGAGCCUCCAAGCGAUGUGCCCUUGGCAACAACUUCUCCGAGUACUACGUCAAUGACCCUCCUCGCAUCGUCCUGGACAAGCUGGAACGCAGGGGCUUCCGGGUGCUGAGCAUGACUGGGGUGGGCCAGACAUUGGUGUGGUGCCUGCACAAGGAGUGACCCCUUUCUCAGAGGGGCUGCCUUGUCCCCAGUCCCCGAGCAAUUUCCCAGCCACUGCCUUCCUCCAGCCAGAGGGGGAGGACAGGAGCCCCUUCCUCCUCAGCUCCCAGCUACCCUGCAGCUCAGGCCCCACACUGCCUUCUGGGAGCAGAUGUACUCUAUGGGCUGGCUGCCCCCAUCCAUGCUGGGCAUCCCAGGCCUCCAUCCUUACCAAUAAAAGGCUCUGCAGAGUGG